AAAUUUUUUUAUUUUUAGAAAUGGUCGACCCGGCUCAGUAUCAGUUUCCGAAAAAUUUAGAAUAGAUUGGGGAACAUAUAUGUCAUCACGAAAUGAUGUUAUUUAUGUCCGCCUGGAUGUUAGAGGAGCAAAAGGUCAAAGCAAGAAAUCUCUGUAUCGUCAUUUGGGAGGAGUUGAAGUUGUAGAUCAAAUAUCUGUCCUAAGAUACCUGUUAGACACCAUUAGUUUUCUAGAUGAAACCCGUGUCGGUAUAUGGGGAUGGGGCUAUGGGGGCUAUGUUACCUCUAUGGUUCUUGGCACGCAACAGGAUGUGUUUAAGUGUGGAAUUUCUGUAUCCCCUAUUGCAGAUUGGCUUUAUUACAAUUCAGCUUUUACUGAGCGUGUUCUGGGAUUGCCUGCUGAAAACUAUAAAGGAUACGUUGAAGCUGAUGCAACGCAGCGUGCUCGUCUGAUAAAAUCAAACUCUUUUUUUUUGAUUCACGGCUUGGCCGACUCAACUGCUCCUUAUGUACAUGGAGUGCAGCUAGCUAAAUCAUUAACAGACGCAAAUAUUCUAUAUCGGUACCAGACCUAUGCUGAUGAAGGUCACGACUUAAAUGGAGUACUUGAGCAUGUAUAUUCAUCUAUGGAGCAUUAUUUUGCAGAGUGUUUAAGCUUGGAUCCGGAUGACACAAAACCGGACAUAGAUCAAAGCAUGGUUCCAGCCGAAUAAAAAGUAAUAAUAAAAUAUGUAAAUAGACUAGUAUUAAUAAUGCACGGACUCAUAGCUAAUGAAUAUAAAACUUUGAAGGUCGUGACAAUAUUGAAUUUAAUCGGAAACGAAAAUUUUACUUUGGAUGUCUAUGUCCCAUCUCAACAGAUUUUUAAAUAUUCAAUUAUCUUUUUUUUUAUUACAUUACACUAUGUAACGCAAGGAUAAAUCCAGAGAUUUGGAUUUUAAUAUAUUUUAUUAGUAUAUUUUAGGAAACGUUAUCUUUGGAAAUGUUUGUAACACUUUACCUUUACUUUUGUAACCUUUACAUUGUUCUUUCCACAUAGUACUCUAAUAUUAAUAGCUCGGUUUAACUAAGAUAUUAAAAAAACACAUACUGUAAAGUUACAUUCGACGUUCCUGCUUACCUGUUAAUUUGUCGUUUGAUUGACACAAAUCAGCUUAAAGACUAGUACUCAAAUAUUCUGGGGUGCGUAAUCUUCAUUACGUAAACACUGUCAAAAUUCAUUCGGAAAUUCAUUUAUUAAAUAACAAAAAAAAACAGUCUUGACUUUGGGAGUCGCGGCACACAUGAUUCAACACUAUACAUAUAUAACCGGAGUCAAUUUAUUCCUUUUUUCUCUAUAUACAUAUUCGAUACAUGUAAUACAUACAUAUUAUGUAUGUACAUACAUAUAUACAGCGCCGUGCCGAGAGAAAUUUGCAGCCCAGCAGGUGCAAACAUUCCGGCGGCACCCCGUUUUUUAACAAAAGAUAAUUCAUUAAAACACAUAACAAAAAUGACAAUUCCAUUGUCAAAAUUAAAACGAAAUUAAAUAAAUUUUACAACAAUUAAAACCGUACUUUCCUAGCUGUUGAAGAAGCAAAAUCAUCUUUUAUUUUUAAAAAUUUUUGUAUUCUCAUAUACAAUACUCGAUCGAAAAGAAACUUGGACGGCUAAUUCGCUCCCGUCCCAUUGAAGCAAUUACUGUCUGUACGUUUCGCGGAAACACAUUCUCGUUGCAUGGAUAAUUUCAGGCUUAAGCUUAUAUACAGAGUACUUGAGUGUAUAAAAUAGCGACUAUCUGGUUCAUGAUGCAUCUAUACAGGGGGUCUCAUCGCGACCCCUGAUUUCUUUUGAGGAAGAUCCGUUUUCCAGUUGUUGUCAACCGUCGCGACGGUACGCGGAAGGACGAUGAUACGAUGAGAGAAAAGUUCCUUACAACGAAAUGUAUGAUAUUUAAGUUAUGUGAAAUAAAAUAGC